AUGUCAACUUCGUCAAUUCUUCGACCAGAGAUUCUUGUCAUUGGCAAUCGAUCGUAUCGAAUCAAUCCGUCAUCCUUGCCGAGUCUUGAAUCGAUUGAGACACAACAGCAUGAAGUGUACCGAGAGGAAGAUGAAUCAGACUACCAAGUGAAUAACGUUCUUGAUACUAAUAAUAAUGAUGAUGAUGAUGAUGAUGAUGAUGAACCAAGUUGUAAAACACAAGGGAAGAGAACGACAGUGGAAUCCGAAAACAAGCCGCAAACUGCUCGCGAAAACAAACCAUCUCGAGAAGAAGACGAAGACGACGAUAAUACUAUCUACUAUCUCGCGAAAGAGAAUAUGUACGUGUGUGGAAUGGACAUAGCUCCUGCAUUCUACGGUGUUUUGAUCGGCAAAAACGCUGAAGCGAAACAGAAACUAGAACAAGAUACCAAUACACAAAUCUUCUUUCCUCGUCGAGACGAAACUGGCCUGGUAAAAAUUCGUAGUCGUACCAAAGCUAAUGUUCGAACGGCGCGCACACGUAUCGAAAUUGCCAUCGAUCGCAGUCGGCAAAUGCAGCCAUUCACACAUUUUCUUUCUAUCCCACUUUGCCAAUCACCAUCCGCUGGUCAAUUCAAAGAAAAGUACGAAGAAUUCAAGAAGAACGUCCUCGAACAAUGUGCAGAAGAACGAGGCAUUACUAAUGAACUAUUCCAACAAGCCUCAAAACUUCAUUUAACUAUAGGAACAUUUGUUUUAUUAUCCAAAUCGGAAAUCAAUUAUGUCAAAGAUACCUUAAAUGAGUGUACAAAGAUUCUUUUAAAACAAUUCAUGCCCACGGAUAAAGAACGUUUUAUUGUUCAAGUCAAAGGAUUAGAAUUCAUGAAUGACGAUCCAAGUUUCGUGGAUGUUCUCUAUGCAAAACUUCAAUUAGUUGAUCAAGCGAAUUCCAAUCGUCUGCAGACGUUUCUCGAUCGUCUGAACGAAGAAUUGCAGAGCACAGGUUUAAUGAAACAAAAGUUCGAACGUCUUAAACUUCACAUUACACUGAUGAAUUCACUUCUACGACGAGACGAUAGUGGCCUUUUGGAAGCGCAGAAAACUUCGCGCGGACGAGUGAAAAAUCAAGAAAGAGAAUCGUUCGAUGCGAAGAAAAUCUUACGUCUGUUUGGUCAAUUCGAUUUCGGGCAAAUCGAAUUGAACGAACUACAAUUGAAUAUAAUGCAUCAACCAGAUCGUCAAGCAGGUUAUUACGGACGUGAAAGCAAAAUCGUUUUAAAGCCAACUAAAUAA